UGUCUUCCUCAGCAAUCUGUAUAACUCACCCCUUUGUUCUUUAAUGCAUGGUAGGCCCAUUCUCUCACCAUAACCCAAAACCUAAAAGCUCAGGGAGGAAACACACAGAACCAGAGAGAGAAGAAGAAGAAAUGGAGGAAGUGGAGGCUCAGAGGCCGGAAAUUCUCUCGCCGUGCAGCAGUGGAAGAAGAAGCGGCGAUUCCACCUCGCCGGAAUUUGAGUUCUGGAUGGUCCGAAACCCCUCUUUCCCUCAGCCCAAUCUUCUCUCCGCCGAUGAGCUUUUCUCCGAUGGAGUUCUAUUACCGCUUGAUCUCCUCCCGCAGGAAGGUAACGCCUGCUCCGAUGAGUCUCCGGGGGGAAUUUUGGGGUUGGGCGGUGAAAACCAGCCGGAAACGUCCGGGUCUGCGGCGGUGGUGGGCGGCGCCGCCGUGGUUAGCGGGUCGAAGCGGUGGAAGGAUAUUUUUAAGAAAGGGGAGAAGAAGGAGAAGAAGGGAGGGAGUGAUGAGAAUGUGAAGGAGAAAGGGGAGAAGAAGGAGAAGAAGGGCGGCGUGGUGGGACCGAGCGCGGCGGAGCUGAAUAUAAAUAUUUGGCCGUUUUCGCGGAGCAGAUCGGCGGGGAACGGCGGAGCGCGGCCGCGGCUAGGGGCGGCCGGAUCCGCGUUGACUCACCGGAAAGUGAGUAGCGCGCCGUGUUCGCGGAGUAACUCAGCGGGUGAGUCCAAGUCGAGAAAGUGGCCCACCAGCCCGACCCGAGCCGGUGUCCACUUGGGUCGGAGCAGCCCGGUUUGGCAGGUCCGCCGUACCUCCGCCGCCGCCGCCACUCGAACCACCGAAAAUCUCUCAAAAGCCGCCGAAAAGGCUCUCAAAAAGGAAACAAAUUCCGAUAAACCCGCCAAAAAAGACGGCAACUUUUCUAAAUCCCUCAAAAAAGAAGGAAACGACACUCGCCGGAAAAACUCCUCCGCCGCCGUCCACGGCGGCGCCCUCCCCAAAGCUCGAGUCUUGAACUUGAAUGUUCCGAUGUGUAUUGGAUACCGACACCAUCUAAGCUGCAGAAGCGACGAAAACAGUACCAUUGCAGUCGCCGCCGCCGCAUCUGACGGUGGUCAAAACGGCGGCGGAGUUCCCGGCGAAGCCGUACGGGGCAGUAAUUUAUUUAAUCUCCGAAAUCUCUUUACCAAGAAAGUAUAUUAAUAGGGUAAUUAAUCUCUGCUUAUCUUCUUAAUUAAUCACUCCCAUGUUCUAGCUUAACUCCAUAUAUGAAUGUAUGUAGAUUUCUAACUUGAAAUUUGAAGAUCUACUUUUUGUAAUUUGUGGCUUCUUAUUAUGUAAAUUUCCUAAUUAAUCGCUUAUAUAAUGUGCUUACUGAUAUUAGUAA